UUGCCAACGCUGCCACAAGUUCCUGAUGGCCCUUAUUCGCGGGCACCCUUCGUCCACAAGUCUAGCAGCCAACACGAUCGCACCUCAGCAGUUGGCGACAUGACAUACGAGCGUCUUGAGUUCCUGGGAGAUGCCUAUCUGGAAGUUAUCGCUACUCGUCUCAUCUUCUCGCGCUACCCUCAUCUUGCCGCUGGUCGUCAAGCACAGAUACGCGAGCGCUUGGUCAAGAACGACACAUUAACCCAAUUCAGCAUGGCCUACAAUUUCCAGGAUCGUCUAAAAGCUGGAGGGGGUGAGCGUGAACUCGGAAAGACCUCUGGAAAAAUUCUAGCCGAUGUCUUCGAGGCUUAUGUGGCUGCUGUCAUUCUCUCCGAUCCAGUAGACGGCUUCAGACGUGCAGAGACCUGGCUUACAGAGCUUUGGGCUCCUAUCCUACUCAGAGAAUUUGGUCCCAUAAGUUCAGACGGCGGAGCGACGUUCAAUGAGUACAACCAAAAUGCAAAGCAGGAACUCCAACAGAAGAUUGUCGGCAGGGAUGUCAAGCUUGAAUACCUCGAGAAUAGACCAAUGGAACAGACCAAGCACAUACAAAAAUACUUCAUCAGCUUGUUUUUGACGGGCUGGGGCUACAACAAACACCUUCUUGGCUCCGGCGAGGGUCAAAACAAGGUCGAGGCAGGUAAUCGCGCUGCCAUGGAUGCCAUGGUGAAAAGCAAAGACAUCAUUGAUGAAGCCGCUCGCAAACUCAGCGCUUUGCGUGAGCAGAGGAAGAUGGAAGCUGCUGCCAAAGAG